AGAGGAACUUGCGGAUAUAUAAGUUGCUCUCAAGGGGCGGCGGUGCAAAACGUACCUCAGAAUUGCUUCUGCAAACAAACCUGAAUUUUGUUUUUGAUCUGAAGAAGUAAAACUGUUUAUUUAUUUUAAAGAUCAGAGAAUGAAUCACUUUCACCUGUUCGCGUUUUUAAUUUGGCUGUUAAUUGGGGACAGCCAAGCAAUAUUCAGAAUUCCUCUGUACAAGACGCGCACUGUGCGCCGCAUGUUGGCAGACAAUGGGAGGACUAUUGAUGAGAUCAAAUCCAUGGCCAGAGAGAAAACCUCCAAAGUCAAAUUUACAGCCCCUAACACAACAACACGACCACCACCAACAACAACACAACUACCACCACCUGUAGAGAAACUCACCAACUUCAUGGAUGCCCAGUAUUUUGGAGUGAUCAGUAUUGGAACCCCUCCUCAGGACUUCACUGUGCUGUUUGACACUGGAUCAUCCAACCUCUGGGUUCCAUCUAUCCAUUGCUCCUACCUGGAUAUAGCGUGCUGGUUGCACCAUCGCUACAACUCUAAGAAGUCAAGCACGUACGUCCAGAAUGGCACAGCGUUCUCGAUCCAGUACGGCAGAGGGAGUCUCUCUGGCUUCAUCAGUCAGGAUACAGUCACUUUGGCAGGGCUGAAGGUGCCAGACCAGCAGUUUGCAGAGGCGGUUAAACAGCCUGGGAUUGUGUUCGCGGUGGCACGUUUUGAUGGCGUCCUGGGAAUGGCAUACCCCGCCAUUUCUGUAGAUGGGAUUACGCCAGUGUUUGACACGGCCAUGGCUGCCAAAAUCCUGCCCCAGAAUAUCUUCUCUUUUUAUAUCAACCGGGACCCUGCCGGUGAGGUUGGAGGUGAGCUGAUGCUGGGAGGUUUUGACAAGCAGUAUUUCGAUGGCGAUCUGCAUUACGUCAAUGUCACGCGAAAAGCCUACUGGCAGAUAAAGAUGGAUGAGGUUAAGGUGGGUGGCACUCUUACCCUCUGCAAAAGUGGAUGCCAGGCAAUUGUUGACACAGGAACGUCAAUGAUUACAGGGCCGGUUCAAGAGGUGCGGGCCCUGCAGAAAGCUAUCGGAGCCAUACCACUGCUUAUGGGAGAGUACUGGAUUGACUGUAAGAAGAUUCCAUCACUUCCCGUUGUUUCCUUGAGCCUGGGAGGGCAGAUGUUCAACUUAACUGGAAAGGACUAUGUUCUGCAGGUGACUCAUUUUGGUAUGAGUGUUUGUCUGUCUGGCUUUAUGGCCAUGGAUAUCCCGCCUCCCGCCGGGCCGCUGUGGAUUCUGGGAGACGUGUUCAUCGGCCGCUACUACACUGUGUUUGACAGGGAGGCGGACCGCGUGGCCUUUGCUCCUGCCAAGUGAACAGAGAGGGAAUGACAUUAUGGCAUUGUACUGGAUCUAAUGGACCAUUAGCUAUACUGAAACCACUGUUUUGUUUAAAAAUGUAUUGCCAUUUGAAAUCUGCAGCAUCAACGUGAGGACAUUAACAAAUGUUUGUACUUUUUCAAGAUUGAAACUUGAUUAGCUAGGGUCUCUCUACUUCCCCUUGAAGCCUUAUUGUGUUUUUAUUUUGCACUAAAUUUCAAUAGAUGGAGACAAACUAUGCAUUUUUAUUUUUAUACUUCAGCUAUUAAUAAUUUUGUAGUAAAUUUAAUAAAGAUGGAUUAAAUUGCUGGUAGAGUUCUAGUUUUGUAACUUGUGUAUUUGAGUUUUCUUUUGUCAGUUGACUUCUGUAUGUGUAUCAUUUUGAUAAUGUUGACACUGGUAUAUCAUACUCGAUUACUCAAACUGAAGUGAACUUUCUAGUUAAUUAAGAAACCAAGUAGUGUUGGUCAGCUUUGUCUAAUCAUUGAACUACAAAUUGCUGCAAAACGUCUUCCAAAUGUGGAGUUAAAUAAAGUUUGUUUUUGUUUGUA